UAAAACAAGCAUCAUCUUCCCUUAUUAGCUUGCACCGUUGCAUAUAAACAACUACCUCUCACCUUCACAUUAUAUUUAUUUUCUGCCAUUGCUGUGUUCUCAAACAACACCUUAUUACUUUCUCUCUCUCUUUCUCUCUAUAGCUCCCCAAGAGGCUCAUCAUAAAGAGUUAAAGACAUAAAUCAUAUUUGUGUGAGGCACACCUUCAGCUUCAGAGGAUUAUUUAUUAUAUUGAGAUGGCAAUGACGAAUGGAAACAGCGGCGGUUUCAAAGUAAGCGUGAAGCUAACAAGUGAACCAAGUCUAGUUGCUCCAGCAGAAGAAACAAAGAAAGGAAUGUAUUUUCUAUCUAACCUUGACCAGAACAUUGCGGUGAUCGUGAGAACCGUAUACUGCUUCAAAAGCGCGGAGAGGGGGAACGAGAAGGCGGCGGUUGUGAUGAAGAACGCGUUGAAGAAGGUGCUUGUACAGUAUUACCCUCUUGCUGGGAGGCUGAGCAUAAGUUCAGAGGGGAAGCUUAUAGUGGACUGCACUGGUGAGGGUGCACUCUAUGUGGAAGCUGAAGCAAACUGUGAAAUGGAAGAGAUUGGUGAUAUCACAAAGCCAGACCCUGCCACUCUUGGUAUGUUGGUUUAUAACAUACCUGAUGCAAAGCACAUACUUCAGAUGCCUCCUUUGGUUGCCCAGGUGACUAAGUUCAAGUGUGGAGGAUUCUCUGUUGGAUUGUGCAUGAACCACUGCAUGUUUGAUGGAAUAGGAGCCAUGGAGUUUGUGAACUCAUGGGGAGAAGUAGCAAGAGAGCUUCCACUCUCAAUUCCUCCAUUCCUAGACAGAAGCAUUCUGAAGGCAAGGGAGCCACCAAAGAUAGAGUUUAUUCACAAAGAAUUCGCUGACAUAGAAGACAAGUCAAGCACCAACACCUUGUAUGAAGAUGACAUGGUUUAUAGGUCCUUCUGCUUUGACCCUGAGAAGCUCAAGAGCCUCAAGGCUAAGGCAAUGGAAGAUGGGGUUCUUGAUUCUUGCACCACUUUUGAAGUGCUCUCUGCCUUUGUGUGGAUUGCAAGAACCAAGGCUCUCAAGAUGUUGCCUCACCAAGAGACUAAGCUUCUCUUUGCUGUUGAUGGCAGGGCCAAGUUUAAUCCUCCUCUUCCCAAAGGAUAUUUUGGAAAUGGAAUUGUGCUCACAAAUUCUGUCUGCCAAGCAGGUGAACUUACAGAAAAGCCCUUCUCAUAUGCUGUGAGUCUAAUUCAAAAUGCAAUAAAGAUGGUGACAGACAGUUACAUGAGAUCAGCAAUAGAUUAUUUUGAGGUGACAAGGGCAAGGCCAUCACUGGCAUGCACCCUUUUGAUCACAACAUGGUCAAGGUUGUCAUUUCACACCACUGAUUUUGGUUGGGGUGAGCCUGUUCUCUCAGGCCCAGUUUCAUUGCCUGAGAAGGAAGUCAUCUUGUUCCUCUCUCAUGGCAUUGAAAGGAGAAACAUCAAUGUCCUUCUUGGUUUGCCUGCUCCUGUCAUGAAGAUCUUCCAAGACUUGAUGAUGCAGAUUUAAAUGUUCAUCUAUCUUAUCUUAUAUUAUGUUACAUAUCAUUCUGUUCUCAUGCUUAUUUGUUCCCUAUAAUUAGUAAUAUCAUUAUUGUGUCA